AUGGACCGCUACGUGAUCCAGACAAAUGACAGUGCCAGCCUGCCUUCAGUUCUGGAUGUACAUGUCAAUAUUGGUGGGAGAAGCUCGGUGCAGGGAAAAAUAAAAGGCAGGAAGGCCAGAUGGAACGUAAGGCCCUCCGACAUGUCCAAUAACACUUUUAAUCCCAUCCGGGCCAUCGUGGACAACAUGAAGGUGAAGCCCAAUCCAAACAAAACUGUGAUCUCGCUGUCAAUUGGUGACCCUACUGUGUUUGGGAACCUGCCUACAGAUCCUGAAGUUACCCAAGCCAUGAAAGAUGCCCUGGACUCAGGGAAAUACAAUGGCUAUGCCCCAUCCAUUGGCUACCUGUCCAGUCGGGAGGAGGUCGCUUCCUAUUAUCACUGUGCUGAGGCUCCCCUGGAAGCUAAGGAUGUCAUUCUGACAAGUGGCUGCAGUCAGGCUAUUGAGCUCUGUUUAGCUGUGUUGGCCAAUCCAGGACAAAACAUCCUUAUUCCGAGACCUGGAUUUUCCCUCUAUAGGACUUUGGCUGAAUCUAUGGGAAUUGAGGUCAAGCUCUACAAUCUGCUGCCUGAGAAGUCUUGGGAAAUUGACCUAAAACAACUGGAAUCUCUGAUUGAUGACAAGACAGCUUGUCUCGUUGUCAACAACCCCUCAAAUCCCUGUGGUUCCGUGUUCAGUAAGAGGCAUCUUCAGAAGAUACUGGCAGUGGCUGAAAGGCAAUGUGUCCCCAUCUUAGCUGAUGAGAUCUACGGUGACAUGGUGUUUUCCAAUGGCAAAUACGAACCCCUGGCCACCCUCAGCACCAAUGUCCCCAUCCUGUCCUGUGGUGGGUUGGCCAAGCGCUGGCUGGUUCCUGGCUGGAGGUUGGGCUGGAUCCUCAUCCAUGAUCGAAGAGACAUUUUUGGCAACGAGAUUCGAGAUGGGCUGGUGAAGCUGAGUCAGAGGAUCCUGGGGCCGUGCACCAUUGUCCAGGGGGCCCUGAAGAGUAUCCUUCAGCGGACCCCUCAAGAGUUCUACCACGACACUUUGAGUUUCCUUAAGUCCAAUGCAGAACUCUGCUAUGGCGCAUUGGCUGCCAUUCCUGGACUCCAGCCAGUUCGCCCUUCUGGAGCCAUGUACCUUAUGGUUGGAAUUGAGAUGGAACAUUUCCCAGAGUUUGAGAAUGAUGUGCAGUUCACAGAACGGUUAUUUGCAGAGCAGUCUGUCCACUGCCUCCCAGCGACGUGCUUCGAGUACCCAAAUUUUUUCCGAGUUGUCAUCACGGUCCCCGAGGUGAUGAUGCUGGAGGCUUGUAGCCGGAUCCAGGAGUUCUGUGAACAGCACUACCACUGUGCUGAGGGCAGCCAGGAGGAGUGUGACAAAUGACGUGUGCCCUCACGCAUCCUCCUGAAGACGUGCGCCCUCACGCAUCCUCCUGAA